ACAAAAGAAGGCGGACUUGAAGUCGACACUGGGCUGGAAGCUGGUGGGUGAGGCUGAAAGAGUCUGGCAGUUGUGACGGCUGUCAGUCUUCCACGCCACUGCUGCCACCAUGUCAGAGCGGGAGGAACGUCGCUUUGUGGAGAUCCCGCGGGAAUCAGUUCGACUGAUGGCAGAGAGCACUGGUGUGGAGCUGACAGAUGAAGUGGCUGCCCUGUUGGCUGAGGAUGUCUGUUACCGCCUGCGUGAAGCCACUCAGAACAGUUCCCAAUUCAUGAAGCACACCAAGCGCCGGAAGCUGACGGUGGAAGACUUCAACCGAGCACUGCGCUGGAGCAAUGUGGAGGCGGUGUGUGGUUACGGCUCUCAGGAGGCCCUCCCUUUCCGUGCCCUUAAGGAAGGAGAACUUUAUUUCCAGGAGGAUCAUGAGGUGAACUUGGUGGAUCUGGCACUGGAAACCAGCAUCCCCCAGGGCUGUGCUGAGACUGCUGUGAGGGUUCACGUCUCUUACCUGGAUGGAAAAGGGAACCUGGAACCUCAAGGAUCUGUGCCUAGUGCUGUCUCAGCAUUGACUGAUGACCUGCAAAAGUAUUACCAGCACAUGACCCGGGCUGUGCUGGGGGAUGACCCCCAGCUGAUGAAGGUCGCCCUUCAGGACUUGCAGACCAACUCAAAAAUUGCAGCCCUUCUGCCUUACUUUGUCUAUGUUGUGAGCGGGGUCAAGUCAGUGAGCCAUGACUUGGAGCAGCUGAAUCGCCUCCUGCACGUGGCCAAGAGCCUCAUCCAGAACCCCUACCUGUGCCUGGGCUCCUACGUCAAGAGCCUCAUCGCCAGCGUCAUGUACUGUGUCCUGGAGCCCCUGGCAGCCUCUAUCAACCCCCUCAACGACCACUGGACGCUCCGUGACUAUGCUGCGAUGCUCCUUGGCCACAUCUUCUGGACUCAUGGCGACCUGGUGAGUGGCCUGUACCACCAAAUCCUGCUGUCUCUGCAGAAGGUGCUGGCUGACCCCGUCCGCCCUCUUUGUUCCCACUAUGGAGCAGUGGUGGGGCUGCAUGCCUUGGGCUGGAAGGCUGUAGAGCGGGUUCUGUAUCCCCACCUCUCCACCUACUGGUCCAACCUGCAGGCUGUGCUGGACGAUUAUUCCGUGUCCAAUGCUCAGGUGAAGGCAGAUGGGCACAAAGUCUAUGGGGCCAUUCUGGUAGCCGUGGAGCGUCUGUUGAAGAUGAAGGCGCAGUCUGUUUCAGCACCAAUCCAGACAGAGGGUGCAGGGGCAGAGGGGCGUGCAAGGGAAGGCUAUCCCUGGCUCAGCCCCCUCCAGGACCCCCAAGUGGAGUUUGGCUUUGGCAUUGCCAGCCACCUCCUACAGCUGGGCAGCGGAGGUCCCCAGGCGGGCAUGGGCAUCUCUGCCAACCCUCCUGCCGUCUCUUUGAAUGAGAUUUACCAGGAACUGUACUAUUUCUUUGGGGAUAGUUUGGCCACCCGCUUCGGCACAGGCUCUGGGCUGUGUCCUGCAGAACCGGUGCCUGCCAGCGUUCCCAAGGUGGUGGAUGCCAAGAAAGAACAGCCAGCCUUUGGGACUGGGGAUGCAGUGCGAAAGAUGCCCCAGCUGACUGCAAACGCCACUGUUAGCCCGCGGGAGGAGGAGAGCCCUCGGGGAGACUUCUCAGCCACCCGGCCACCCUUGCACCGUUCGGCCAGCCUGGCCCGGUCUCGCAGCACCUCCCGCCAGCAGGGGCACCGGCCCAGCAUCCGGGACGUCUUCCAGAAGUGCCGUUUCUCCCCGCAAGGGGCUCCCCGUUUCAGCUUUGUGAUUGCCGGGCGUCAGGUGGAGCGACGUUGCCAGGGCCGCCUCUUCCAGACCUGCUUCCUCCAGCACCACGGCCCCAGCCCUGUUUCCCGCUAUGCCCAAAAGCUGCCCAUGAUCGGGAGGACCACCAAGCCUAUGAAGAAGUGGGCCCAUUCAGAGUAUUCCCUCUACCUGCCUCUCUGAGGGCCAUCUUAUGUGUGGGCAUGUCUGAACUGAGAGACUGUCAUGAGCACUGCAUUCGUCUCAGCUGUAGAUUGUAGUGCUAGGGUCUCACCGUGAGGGAAAAACACCAGGGUGGAACUGUGGCAUCUGUUCCUGAGGAUUUGGGGGAUUCUGCGUUCUUAGCAGUGCUCCUCCCAUUCUGGAAUUCUGGACUAACAACAGCAUCUUCUUCCAAGGAAGUGGGACAUCCAUGCUCUUUCAAACCUGCCAGGUGUGAUUCUGCAGUGCCUACUUCCUACCAAGCUCUUUUAAAAAACAAACAAACCCAAACCCUUAACUUUAGGGGAAGGACAGAUUCAAACAGGUGGUUUUGCCCACUGCCACUCUUACCCACCUUCUAUUGCUUUCUACUGCCAACUCUGAAGCUGUUAACUUUUCUUUCUCAGCCUGACCUUCUUCGUUCCCAGUAGCUUCGGCAAAAACCUCUCGACUCCCCUCCUCAUGUGUGGUUUGGGGGUGGAGAACUAAAAUCAGCCUCACCUGCUUCACAAGCAGGCCUUUGAUGCCUCAAGGAGGCAGGGGUUUGAGGUGACACAGGGCAGAAGAGUAGGGCAAAAUUGUCAGCAUGUGCUGUUGAAAUAGCCCUUUCAGUACUGGAAACACUUUGCUUGUACUUUACGGUGAUUGUUACUUUGAAGGAGACCACUGUUAUUAUCCCCAUAUUGGAACAUGGGGAGGGGACACCAAAAUAGAAAAGUUAGAGGGUUGGGGAUUUUUCAAUUAAGUCUCCUUAGGGAGUAGAUAGUAGCAGUGGGAUUUGAACCAACAUCCCUUCAGCCCUUGGUACCACAGCUUAUUUGCUUAGCCAUUGUACUGUAUACCACAGCCAUCCUUCUUUGCUGUUCUCCUAAUCAUGGCUGACUGUGAACACAAGGAGAAUCUGCUGCCCCUGAGAAGAGCCAGUAAGGCAUGCUGUCAGUGGGCUUUUUCAUUCUCAGGUAUACUGCUACUUUAUAUGGAGGGCCUUUUUAAAGCUUGUUUAAUAGUUCUGUUGGUCCAGAAUCUGCUUAGUUUUCUUCGGCCUUCCCUCAGUGAUCCCUCCUUCCUAUUCAUUGUUUUCAAUUGGUUUUGUGUGUGUAAAUUUCAGCGGUUUUUCAAAAGGGGUUUUUUUUUUUGAGCGGGUGUUAAAAUGUGCUUUAAUUUUAUAUGUUUUGUUUUGCUGUGAGAACAGAAAGACGGGAUAUACAUUUUGUAAAAUAAAUCUGUAUGAAAACA